AAAAGCUGUUUCAAAAAAGAUCCACCUGGCUUAAAGCAUUGGUCUGCUGCUACUUCCUUUAUCAUAAUGAUAUGAUAGUUUAGGAUUUCAUUUAAGUCCAUAACUGACUGCACUUUUGUCCUAUAGAUGCUGUCAGUUGAUGACGUCCCUGAGGAAGCCCAAACAGAAUGAAAUAGGAAAAAGGAAAUCUGCCCUAGGUCUUCACGGCUAAUUUCACAGGUCCAGGGAGGAAAGUGGUAACCUUGGAAGUCCUCCAUCCACCCUCCACAAACCCCCACACAACCUGAGGCCCAGAGCAGCUCUAUAUCACACCUGUUGAGAAACAGUCUUCAAAACUGGACCCUGAAUUGGCCAAAAGAGUCUAUUUGAAUCACAAAUCCUGUUGUUUGAAGCGGUAUUUCCAAAUUACUCUACCAACAGAGCCACAAAUUUUUUGUCUCUGCCACUUUAAAGCAAUAACUUAAAAAGGGAGCUUCUCUGCAGCUGCCAUGCUUUAAGGCAGAGAUAACAGAAACUGGCUACAGAGUUGUUGGCUGCUCUAUUUAUGGCAACUUGUUUGUGUAUUUUUAAAUCACAGUUACAAUGGACUAUUGUUCAGUUGAAUAAUACUGUAGAAACAUAUAUGUUACAAAUCACUCUCCCAAGGAAUCCUGGUGGUUCAAGGAUUCUUUUUUUUUUAAUCUUAAUAAAAAGGUAGGAUACCUAAGGAACCAGUGACCAUUUUAAGUUGCUUUUAUUUAACAGCACUUUAUAAACUGACACAACUCUUAAGUAUUUAAAUAAUGCAUCUUUCUCUCUCCCUCCCUUGGCAUUUUAUCACCUUGUGAUAAGACUAUUGUAGAUAUUAAAACUUGUGGUUCAGAAGAGAUCCAUACCUCAGGUGCUGAUUAUACUAACCUAUCAUUUCUUUUUUGGCUUGCUUUGAGGCACUGUUUUUGCUUCUUUUGGUCCUUUCUGUAGACAAUUAAUGCCAAACUUCACUUUCUUUCAAUGUAUCUAGAAAUAGCUCAGAAACAAGAUUGGCCUUUUAAGUGUGAGGCACCUUCUUGUGUUUGAAUAAUGACAUUCACUUAACCUGUUUGUAAAAACUCUUACUCAUGUACUUGAUUAAGUAUAUCCCAAGACCCGGCACCAUUUCUUUUGCUGUUAUUUACCGAUAAAAAUAAAUCUCCUGCGCUAAGCAGUAGGAAAUGCAGGAAAAGUCCGAAGAAGAGAAUUCUCAUGUUAAUGAGUCCUUCCAAGUGAGAACUUGGUUAAACGUGCCAUUUGCUGACAUCAUGUUUAUGGGGCUGAGUGGAGAUGAUUUCUUUAAGAGGUGGCCUUGCAUAAUUCUCCUAGCGUUUUGUGGCCCGCGCGUGCACCUGCGGGAGGGGGAAGUUUACAUAAGCGUCCUGGGGUAUUUGCAUCUCAGCUGCUCCUCUCACUAGGGCUCCUGGGAAUGGAGCGGGCGGACGGAGCAGCCAUUGUUUGAUGUCCUGUGACUGAGAAACCGGCCUUUUCACUUCAAUAUUAUGCCUUUGGAGAUGGAGCCCAAAAUGAGCAAGCUUGCCUUCGGGUGCCAGAGGAGCUCCACAUCUGACGACGACUCUGGCUGUGCCCUGGAGGAGUAUGCCUGGGUGCCCCCAGGCCUGCGGCCAGAGCAGAUCCAGCUCUAUUUUGCUUGCUUACCAGAGGAAAAGGUUCCUUAUGUUAACAGCCCUGGAGAGAAACAUCGAAUUAAACAGCUCUUGUACCAGUUGCCGCCACAUGAUAAUGAGGUGCGGUAUUGCCAGUCGCUGAGUGAAGAGGAGAAGAAAGAAUUGCAGGUGUUCAGUGCUCAAAGGAAGAAAGAAGCACUAGGAAGAGGAACGAUUAAACUUUUGUCCAGAGCAGUGAUGCACGCCGUGUGCGAACAGUGUGGGUUGAAGAUAAAUGGAGGUGAAAUUGCAGUGUUUGCCUCUCGUGCGGGCCCUGGAGUGUGCUGGCACCCUUCCUGUUUUGUCUGCUACACGUGCAACGAGCUGCUGGUCGACCUCAUCUAUUUUUAUCAGGAUGGAAAAAUUCACUGUGGCAGGCACCAUGCUGAACUGCUCAAACCACGGUGUUCAGCAUGUGAUGAGAUAAUUUUUGCUGAUGAGUGCACAGAAGCUGAGGGUCGCCAUUGGCACAUGAAACACUUCUGCUGCCUUGAGUGUGAAACGGUCCUGGGGGGACAGAGAUACAUCAUGAAGGAUGGCCGCCCAUUCUGCUGCGGCUGUUUUGAGUCUCUCUAUGCAGAGUACUGUGAGACCUGUGGGGAGCACAUCGGUGUCGACCAUGCACAGAUGACCUAUGAUGGGCAGCACUGGCAUGCUACAGAAGCCUGCUUUUCUUGUGCCCAGUGUAAAGCUUCUUUGUUGGGGUGUCCCUUCCUUCCCAAACAAGGUCAGAUUUAUUGCUCGAAAACAUGCAGCCUUGGUGAAGACGUCCAUGCCUCUGAUUCUUCUGACUCUGCAUUUCAGUCAGCUCGAUCAAGAGACUCUAGAAGAAGUGUCCGGAUGGGCAAGAGCAGUCGGUCAGCAGAUCAGUGUAGACAGUCUCUUCUUUUGUCGCCUGCUCUAAACUACAAGUUUCCUGGCCUAUCAGGCAAUGCUGACGACACCCUUUCUCGGAAAUUGGAGGAUCUGAGUCUCGCCAGGCAGGGAGGUUUCGUCAAUGAAGAAUUUUGGAAAGGUAGAGUGGAGCACGAAACCCCAGAAGACCCUGAAGAAUGGGCUGAGCAUGAAGAUUAUAUGACGCAGCUCCUCCUCAAGUUUGGUGAUAAAAGCCUCUUUCAGCAGCCGCCCAGUGAGCUAGAUAUACGAGCCAGUGAGCACUGGAUAUCUGAUAACAUGGUUAAAAAUAAGACUGAGUUAAAGCAAAAUAACCAGAGCCUUGCAAGUAAAAAAUACCAGUCUGAUAUGUAUUGGGCACAGUCACAAGAUGGACUAGGCGAUUCUGCUUAUGGCAGCCACCCAGGCCCUGCAAGCAGUAGAAGGCUCCAGGAAUUGGAUCUGGACCAUGGGGCUUCAGGCUAUAAUCACGAUCAAACACACUGGUAUGAAGAUUCCCUGGAGUGUUUGUCAGACUUGAAACCAGAGCAAAGUGUUCGAGAUUCUAUGGAUUCUUUGGCUUUAUCUAAUAUCACAGGGGCUUCAGUGGAUGGAGAAAGCAAGCCAAGACCCUCAUUAUAUUCCCUGCAAAACUUUGAGGAAAUGGAGGCAGAAGAUUGUGAGAAAAUGAGCAAUAUGGGGACUUUGAACUCUUCCAUGUUGCACAGGAGCGCAGAGUCCUUGAAGAGUCUAAGUUCAGAGUUGUGUCCAGAAAAAAUCAUGCCUGAGGAGAAACCAGUAGUACAUCUGCCAGUAUUGAGAAGAUCCAAGUCUCAAUCCAGACCACAGCAGGUCAAGUUUUCAGAUGACGUCAUUGACAAUGGAAACUAUGACAACAUUGAAAUCCGGCAGCCUCCGAUGAGUGAAAGGACUCGAAGACGGGUCUACCAUUUUGAAGAGAGGGGAUCCCGGUCUCAUCACCAUCGCCGCAGGAGAAGUAGGAAGUCCCGCUCUGACAAUGCCCUGAAUCUGGUCACAGAAAGAAAAUACUCUCCCAAGGACAGACUGCGGCUUUACACCCCUGAUAACUACGAGAAAUUUAUACAGAAUAAAAGUGCCCGGGAAAUCCAAGCAUACAUCCAGAAUGCUGAUCUGUAUGGACAGUACGCCCAUGCCACCUCCGAUUACGCACUGCAGAACCCAGGAGUGCCUAGGUUUCUGGGACUCUAUGGUGAGGACGAUGAUUCCUGGUGCUCCUCCACCUCCUCCUCCUCCGACUCAGAAGAAGAAGGAUAUUUUCUUGGACAACCAAUUCCUCAACCCCGGCCACAGAGAUACGCCUACUAUACAGAUGACCUUUCGAGCCCAACUUCUGCACUCCCCACUCCUCAGUUUGGUCAGAGGACAACUAAAUCCAAGAAGAAAAAGGGACACAAGGGCAAAAACUGUAUUAUUUCUUAACCUAGUAGCUGUGGGGAUCAUGUUUAAACUGCCAUUAACCAUCUUGAAUCCUAUCUUUUUUCUUCAUAGGAAAGUUGCUAAAAUAGUUUGAAGUGCUUUGCCCAUGUAAAUGAGACCCCUGCUGCUGUUUACAGUGUCAGAUUAACCUUUGGAAGGUGUGAUUUCUCCAGUUUGCCCUCCUUGGAUGGUGCCAGGUUGAUGCCACAUCUUGUGCCUGUCAGGUGCAUUACAGCCCUAUGUAGCGGUUUUGGUCUCCAAGCCUCAAGAGAAUCCUCAAGAGACUGUCAGGAGGUGAUUGGACGGGGGUGUUGAUUUUAGACAAUGGAGAACUCCCGCCACCUUUGUAAAGUGAUAGUGUGUGUCCUUUGUCUACACCAGGUUGGCCCAGGUCCUGAUCAGUCUGUCUUGUUGUGCGGCAUGCACGUAGUCACGCUGACCCAGCCAAUACUGUGCAUCCCAUCGUGUGAGGCCACCUCGUCCCCUUUCAGUUAGCCAGGUAAACGCUGCAUUGUAUUAGCUCCAGCUCCAGAUUGAAAAAGACGUUGCUAUUUAUAAUGUAGUAUUUCAUAGACUUAAGUGUAUUCCUAAUUUAACGGUGCAAAUAUUAAUGUACAUACUGUACAGUUCAGAUUUUAAAGCUGGUUAUUUUUAUAUCCCUGAAUUGCAAGACAUUUGUUACACUGCAGUGCUAGAUUUGUUGGAGAACCAGAAACAGCAUUUAUGGAUGAAAUGAUUGCUUGUAUUUUAGUCAGGGUUUAUAAGCUUAGAUGGCCAAAUUUAUAUUGCCUAGUGAUGGAAAGUUCAAAUUUUUUGAUUUUUUCAAUAUUAAAAAGGCUCUGUAUGCAUGGUGGGGCUAUGUAAAUACUCUUUAAAACUAUGGCCCUAUUAAUCUUACGAGUGCUAUUUAUGGGUCAAGCAAUGUAAACUGUAUAAAUGUAAAAACAAAAAAAAAACCCCAUACAUAUCCCUGGAAUAUAUGGUAAAAACAA